CCAAAUGAGCGUACCACUAUGUUGCUCUGGUAGCUCAGGUCAGCAGGUCAUUUUUUUCGCGCGCGGAAUACAAACCGUAUGUACCGUACUACAUGUUUCGCAUGAUAGAGACAGCGUCUGCUUCGGACGUGCCUCCUUCGAGCUCCGGUGUUCGAUCGAAUUGAAUUGAAUUCAAUCUUCAACUGACACCAAAUUUACUCAAUUUUCUUUUUGGAUUGCCAGCCCAAGUCUAUUUGGAAUAUACAUUUUGUGAAUUCACCAUACUACUCUUCGGAAUUUCAUGUGUGGAAUAUAUUAAAAUUGUUUCUCUGAUUGUCGGAAACCACGCUCAAUUUUGUAUUUGGCGCCAAAUAUAUCAUAUUGGUCUCGGUGAAAGGAAACCAAUUAUCUUUUUCCGACCUAACUCCGUAUAGUAUUUGAAUUUGUUUUGUGUAUUGGGAUUGCCAGCAAGAGACUCCUAGCUGUUUUGGGGUACAACGUUCAUCUCAUUGGAGGGGGGUUCAUGGGCCACGACCGAUAUCACGUGACCAACAUAGUUCACGAUGUUGAGGUCAAAGGUCAGCGGCAUCUGGUAGAAGUUGGUGCAUCGGAUCCAACGUUUCAUCCUAUUCCGCUUGACUUUGAGGAAGAGAGCCCGGUGUACCAGGAAUCCUAUCUGACGUAUAGAUUCAAACUUGGCAGGAACGACCUGCAACGCUUCCAUGUCAUUGGUGAAAGUGACUCCGACUCCUCUCUUCUCGAGGACCACACCCACCCGACUAACUGGAGAUUGAUAUCGGAGAUGGAUAUCGCUACAGAUCGUGAUCUCGACUACUUCAAGGAACCAAUGUCGUACGUCUUUAAUGCUCUACCCCGCCCCAAACUGAAAAUGUUCGAUGAAGGGAUGUUUGCUAUGAUUUACGAGAAUGGGAAGAUGGUCUAUAUUCGCGACAACCAUCUCUAUUUGGAAAGAAACGACAAUACUGGCGAACGUCGCGUUCUGUGGUCGACGGACGAGGUGCUCGAAGCGUAUAGCAGAUUCAUGCCAAUGAUACCACACGAAAAGACAUUGCUGGGACUGAAAAAUAGAAACUUGGUGUUCCCUCCGUGGGACGAAGACAAGUGUGUAACUGUUUGACCUGUCUAAAAUAUAUGCAACAAAGUAACCAGUCGUUUACAGUAGGUGCCGGUGUUUUGACAAGUAUUUGCUAUGUGAAAGAACAUGACACACCAGUUGAACUUUUAAAUAAUCUUAACGAAUUGUAUUGUAUUGUAUACUUUAUGUAAAAACAUAUAUGAAACUGAUAAAAGGUCUGAAGACUUUCUUAGGACGACUAUGAUUCCUAUACUAAAGAAAAUUAAUGCUACUAAGUGCUCUGACUCUAGUACAAUAAGUUUAAUGUUCCAUGCUUCAAAGAGUUUACUAGUAAUUAUCACAACAAGAAGUAUCAAUAAAUCAGACAAUUUCCAGGGCUAUGAUCAGUUUGAGUUUCGAGCUGGACUCGGCACUGGGGACGAUAUUGCUGUAAUGAGAACUCUUUGCGAACGAAGUCUAGAAGUACAGAAAAAAGUAAAAUUAUGUUUUACGGGAACUUGGAGAAAGCGACAUGGUUAACGGUGAUAUUAAACUACUGGGUGUGUUGAGAUAUAUCACAGACGACUGGAUGGAAAGGCGCCUCAUCAUGAACGUAUACAUGGGACAGACAGUGAGCAUGAGAACGGUAGAAGGGGACUCUGAAACUGAAAACAUUGGGAGAUAGAUGAAUUCUGUUUGCGAUUUGCAAAUGAAAAGGCAAUUAUAAUUAAGUGGAAGUAAAGAUGGAAUCUAAAGGGUAAUGGACAAACAGCAGGUGAAGGUUUUGGAAAUAAAAUCAAUACCGCUAAAAAUAAAGCAA